AUGACACUGUGUUACGCACACUUUGUAACCUCCCUUCAAGAUUUCUUAUCAUCGUACAAACCAUCUCUCUCAAACAAACCUGGCAAUAUUCAUUUUGUUUCUGCUGGUAGUUACUCCACAGCAAAGAAGAAAAAAACUCCUCCAAUAGGCAUUCUCCAUUCGGCUUCAGAUUGGACAGUUAUGUGUGAUCUUGAUACAACAUUAAUAAUACCACCUGAUGUAGCUGUUACUCAACUUAGGCCUGAUAUUGUGUUACUUUCUCGUAUGACAAAGGCAGUGAUAGUUAUAGAGUUGACAUGUCCUUGUGAAGAAAAUAUGGAGAAAUGA